CCGCCCACCUUCUCCUCGGGAGGGAAACCUCCGGCCCCACAGCCCCCGCUUCCCCGGCUCCUCAGGGCCGUGCCGGUGACCGGCUCCGCCCUGGCGGCUCCGCGCCCUCCCCUAGCGGGCGGGAGCGCGGCGGCUACGGGCGGUAGCAAAGUCUGGAGGGAAGUGGGGGCUGCCUAUUCCUAAAUAAGCAUGCUAUGUGCUUCACGAAGCUUCAGUUACCUUGGCAUUAGAACAUACCAGCUACGAGCAGAUUUGCUUUCUAGAUCUAUCAAGCUUUCAGCCUCUGAUUCUUUAAAGUCAGAGCUGCAGGUACCAGGCCAGGAGGAUCGCCUAGUUGUUAGGGCACUAGCCUGAAAUAUAGGAGACUGAUUCGAUCCCACCUUUAUCACAGACUCUUGGAUAAAUGAAAGAUGUCACUGUUUGGUUCCUCUGGUACUUACGUAUUACGGAUGAGGUCAGAAUUAAAUCUGUACAGAAGACGUACAACAAUGGCCUUCAGACACAAAAACACAAGACGAAUUGAAGGCCUUGACAGCAAUGUGUGGGUUGAAUUUACAAAGGUGGCAGCAGAUCCCUCAAUUGUUAAUCUUGGUCAAGGCCUUCCUGAUAUAUCCCCUCCCAGCUAUGUUAAAGAAGAGCUGGCAAAUGUAGCAGCAGUUGACAGACUGAACCAGUACACACGAGGCUUUGGGCAUCCGUUGCUGGUGAAAGCCUUGUCUCAAGUGUAUGAGAGAGUUUGUGGAAGAAAGAUUGACCCUCUCACAGAUAUCCUGGUGACAGUAGGAGGUUAUGGAUCUCUCUUUAGUACAAUACAGGCUUUAAUUGAAGAGGGAGAUGAAGUAAUAAUAAUAGAGCCGUUUUAUGACUGUUAUGAACCAAUGGUAAAGAUGGCGGGUGCGAAGCCUGUUUUUAUUCCUUUGAGAAAUAAAAAUGAUGGAAACUCUGCAUCUAGUGCUGAUUGGGUCUUGGAUCCUGCUGAACUUGCAAAGAAAUUUAACUCCAAAACAAAAGCGAUUAUUCUGAAUACCCCACACAACCCUAUAGGCAAGGUAUUUACUAGAGAAGAGCUCCAGGUAAUAGCUGAUCUCUGCAUUAAACAUGAUACCCUGUGCAUCAGUGAUGAGGUGUAUGAAUGGCUGGUGUACAAAGGAAAAAAGCACAUCAAAAUAGCUACAUUGCCGGGUAUGUGGGAAAGAACAAUAACUAUAGGAAGUGCUGGAAAAACUUACAGUGUAACUGGCUGGAAGCUUGGUUGGUCUAUUGGUCCCCAGAACCUGAUUAAGCAUUUGCAAGUUGUUCAUCAAAAUACACUGUAUACUUGCCCAACUCCAUUACAGGAGGCUUUGGCACGAGCAUUUUGGAUAGACUAUAAACGCAUGGAUGACCCAGACUGCUAUUUUUACUCACUGUCUCGAGAGCUGGAAAGCAAGCGUGAUCGGAUGGCUCAGCUACUUCAAGAAGUUGGACUGAAGCCUGUCAUUCCAGAUGGAGGAUACUUUAUGAUUGCCGAUGUUUCUACAUUAAAUGUGGAUCUCUCUGAUGAAGAUGGGAAUCAACCUUAUGAUUAUAAAUUUGUCAGAUGGAUGAUAAAAUCUAAGAAACUCUCAGCGAUUCCUCUUUCAGCGUUCUGUGGUCCUGAGACAAAAGGGAAGUUUGAAAAAUAUAUACGUUUUUGCUUCAUUAAGGAAGACAGCACACUGGAUGCAGCUGAAGUGAUCCUGAAGAACUGGACUAAACAGAAAAAUUGAUAUAUGUAUAUAUAUACAUUAAUUAACUCUUCCAUCUGGUAUAAUUAUCUUACACUAGAGUUUUUUUAUUGCAAAUUUAAGAUUUAAUUAUUAAAUAAUUUACAGUAUAGAAUUAA